AUGGCAGAGGCGGUGUCAUGGAGAGACACAGCAGCUUCGGACUUUAGGCUCAUGGAUGGAGUAAAGCUGAGUACUUAUAGGACAGCAACUGGCUUGCAGAAUGUCCCCUUUGGGCAUUCACAGAUCGGCAAAAAGAAUUAUGUAACCCAUGCACAAACAGGGCUGAUGCCAAAGGAUCACAUGACAGAGACUGAAGAUAAGAGUACGCCAUGCCUGCAGCUCCAGACUCCUCAGCUGUGCCCUCUACCUCUGCCUGGACCCUGCAAAGUGAGCAAGCUGCCGGCUUGGUGAAAGUGUAAGCAGGACCUGAGCAUGCUGUACACUGAGGAAAUGCGCUUCCUGAGGGAGCAGGUGGAAAGUAUGGGUGGUAAAAUUCCAUCUGCUACUCAGAAAGCCAAAUCAGAAGAGAAAACCACAGAAAAAACAGAUAAUAAGAAGUCAGAAGAAAGCAUAAAGACAGAUGAACCAUCAAGUGAAGAAAGUGAUUAAGAUGAAGGUGUGAUUGAACCAGAUAUAGAUGUCCCUCAAGAAAUGGGAGAUGAAACUGUAGAGAUAACUGAAGAGAUGAUGGAUCAGGCAAAUGGUAAGAAAAUGGCUGCCGUUGAAGUCCUCAAUUAUUCUGAAUGACAGAAAGCCAUCAACUUGUUUACAGAUGCCAUCAAACUGAAUCCUCACUUGGCCAUUCUGUAUGCCAAGAGAGCCAGUGUCUUCAUCAAAUUACCAAAGCCAAAUGCUGCCAUCUGAGACUGUGACUGAGCCAUUGAAAUUAAUCCUGAUUCAGCACAUGACCUUGCUCUUGCUUGUAAACUGGACUAUGAUGAAGAUUCUAAUGCAAUGCUGAAAGAAGUUCAACUGAGGGUCCAGAAAAUUGCAGAACAUUGGAGAAAGUAUGAGCGAAAAUGUGAAGGGUAAGAGAUCAAAGAAAGAAUGGACAGCAUUAAGAAGGCUCAGGAAGAACAUGAAAGAGCCCUGAGUGAAGAAGAAGCCAGAAGGCAAUCUGGAGCUCAGCAUGGCUCUUUUCCAGGUGGUAGGAACAUGCCAGGAAUGGCAGGUGGCAUGCCUGGGCUCAAUGAGAUUCUUGGUGAUCCAGAGGUUCUUGCAGCCACACAAUAUCCAGAAGUUAUGGCUGUCUUCUAGGAGGUGGCUCUGAACCUGGCAAACACGUCCAAAUGUCAGAGUAACUCUAAGGUCAUGAAUCUCAUCAGUAAAUUGUCAGCCAAGUUUGGAGGUCAGGCCUAA